CACCAUCUCAAUAGAGCAGCGACAAGGAAGUGGAUGACAGUUGCAGUUUCCGCGUCAAACUCGUCCAAACAGCGGCCCUACCAUGGCAACAGCGCGAAUUUGUGUCCUGUAUGUUGUCCUUUCUACGACUUUAGCGGAAGACUUUAAAUUAAAACACAAACCAUCCACCAAACCUGUCCGGUUGUUCACUGAGGAGGAACUGACGAGAUACGACGGCAGCGAGGAGGGGCAGCCUAUCUACAUGGCAGUAAAAGGAGUUGUGUUUGAUGUUACCAAGGGAAAAGAAUUUUACGGAAAAGAUGCAUCAUAUAACGCCUUGGUUGGUAAAGACUCCACUCGGGCUGUGGCUAAGAUGUCCCUGGACCCAGCUGACCUGACAUCAGAUACUACGGGCCUCACUGAGGAGCAGCUGGAGUCUCUGGAUAGUAUAUUUGAAGGCACGUACAAAGCAAAGUAUCCGAUUGUGGGUUACACAGCGUCACGCAUCCUCACCAAGGAUGGAAGUUACAACGAAGCCUUCAAACCAGAGGACCAGCCUCAUUUUCAAAUCAAAGAUGAGUUUUGAUCUCAUUUGACCCUUUUUGUAAAAUAUAGUUGUGAAAAAGUCUUGUUAUAAAGGAGUUAUUUUUUUUCUUUUUUUUUUUUCCUCUUUACUUGACCAGAAUCAUAUGUCUGAUAUGAGCCUAAUAUGCCAAUUGCAAUACAUGUAGAAGAGAAGAACAAAAUACAUAUAAUGGAGACACUUUUUUAGUCAUAUUUACUUGAACCAAAGUUUGACAUGAUCCUCUAUCUGUGAGAGCUUUAAUUGCUACGGAACCGUUUCAAUACUUAUUGUAUCUUUAUUUUGAAAUACAUUUUAAAAUAAGGCUGUUUUGACUAACAUCGGAUGUACAAAGUGAAGUGAUGCUAGAAUUUAAAGAUCCCUAACAGACAUGUUUUUUAAGUCGUGUAAAAAAUUAUUUUUUUUUCUACCAAAAAGUUCAUGCCUUCAGCAGAUGAAUGUGGAAAACAUCCUUCUAGUAUCAAAAUGCACAUGCGUCGUCAUUUUGCACAGUAAAGCUGAAACAUCCAAGUGAAUAAAAAAAAAAAAAAAAUGGAGGGGGGACUUUAUUUAUUACGGCGGAUUAUAUGUGGUUACACAGUGAUAGUCUUCUACAUUUGUCGCGAACAAAUUAAAAGUCAACCCCAUCUAUUUCCCUAGAAAAGGAGCGUGAGCUGAGAGAACAGACACAGUAAACUAACUAAACAUCAGCACUCACAUUCCCUUGAAUUAGAUUCCAGUUGGGCUGCCACUAAUGAACGUUUUUAUCAUAGAGAGUGAAAAAGUCGCUCAAUCAUUUAGCCCAUGAAAUUUCAGAAAAUAGUGAUAAAAACCCAGCACAGUUUCCCAGAACUCAUGGUAGUGUCUUCAAAUCUUUUAUUUAGUUCAAAACCCCAAAUUCAGAAUGUUACAGUUAUUAAGUGGAAAAAAGACACAAAAAAUAUUGAUUGAUAAAUGACUAAUUCUUAUCAGAUAUGUUGCUGAUUAAUUUUCUGUCCAUUGACUUUUCCAUUAAUUGCUUCAGCUCUAGAUUGUAGUAUAAAUGUUUUCAGUGAAUGCAUGCCCAGUAGAAUAUUAAUGUGAUUUAAAACUCACUGAAUCUGCAGCUCUGUGAGGGUUUACAUGAUUACAAAUAUGUGUGUUUUCUGCUUGAUUUUGUUUUUGUACAAUUAUUAUUAAAGUCUGUAAAUCUGGAACUUCU